AUGUUCCUGAAGAGUCCGCUGGCCGGUCAGCUGCAGCAGGCGUUGGUGGCCCGAAAGGAUCAAUUGGAUAGUUGGCUCGAUGACUGGUGGUACGAUGCUUAUUGUGAAAUUCGGGGGCCUCUUGUUCCUUACCUGUCCCUGGCAAGUAUCCAGCCAAGAGCUCCGAGGGCCAUUGGCUCGCAAAUUUGUCGAGCGGCCGAUUCCAUCUACCAUAUGUUAAAGGUGUGGGAGAGCUUGAGAAAGCAAACCUAUCCGGUAAUGAAAAGCCGAGGCGUCAUCUGGGACAUGAAUCAAAAUUUAUGCCUGUUCAACGCGGCCCGUGUCCCGCAACGCCCCAAAGAUCAAAUGGCACGCUAUUUCAAGACGGAAGAACAAGGCGCCUGUCCGUCUCAUAUUGUCAUUCUUUGUCGAGGGAAUAUCUGGGAGCUGGAUGUCAUGAAAAACGGCGCUCUAAAAUCUGUUGACGAAUUGUACAGAGCUUUUGAAUUCGUCAGAAAUAAUUCCACAAAAGUACGCCAUUCCGUUGCGACACUAACGACAGAGCAUCGUGAUACUUGGGCUGAUAUGCGCACCCACCUUCAAAAACUAUCCUCCAAAAAUGCCGAAAAUUUGCUAAAAAUCGAGUCGUCCAUUUUUGCUGUGGUACUGACGGACGAUGAGAUUCUGGAGGAAAAUGAGCUGCUGGUAUAUUCGAUGAUGGGCCAGCCGGACGGCCAAUGGGCCGAUAAGAAUAUGAAUAUUUCGAUAAUGAAAGAUGGGCAAAUUACGACGCAGGCUGAUCACUCAAAUGUUGACGCUAUCGUCGUGCUGGAUGCUGGAAAUAUAUCGGGCCGGAAAAUUCGGCAUCAUGUCUGGACACCAAAUGAUAAUGCCGAUUUUGAAAAACCCACCCUCAUCAAUUUUGAAUUUGGACAAAACUGUCGAAAAAGCGAUAGAAGAAGCCGAAAAGAAUUUUUACAAGCAUCCAUGCAGAUCGCUUUUAGGAGAGUUCAUGGAAGCUACGCCCCGAUCUACGAAACGGCCAGUACGCGAAAAUUCUACCUUGGUAGAACGGAAACGAUAAGGAGCCGAACGCCCGAAGCGGUGGCUUUUAUUAACGCGUUAUUGGAGAGCAGACCGGUCGACGAGUUGCGGCACCUUUUCAAAGCCGCCUACGACGCCCAUAACAGAUUGAUGGCCGAGGCGAUGGAGGGGAACGGAUGUGAUCGCCACCUUUAUGGACUUCGAAAAACGCUUGAAAGCAUGAAUAAGGGCUCGUGCAACCCGAAAAGAGGCGAACCAAAAAUAUUCCAAGAUAAAGCCUGGAAACACUCGGGCGGUGAUGGGAAUUUUAAACUAUCGACAAGUUUUAUUGGUUAUGAUAAGUUUGGAAGUUAUGGGUAUGUAAGUGCAAUGUGUCCGGAUGGCUACGGCAGCUUCUACCGGAUCCAUGAUGAUGGGAUGCUACUGACGGCUUCCAAUUUCACAUCCGGAGCAUCGAAUUUGGAUGAAUACACGAAAAAUAUCGCCUGGGCCAUGGACCGAAUCGGCGAAGUCUUGGGCGUUCACCAAGCCAAGCUU